AUGGUGUUAAACAAAGCCCUUAUCUUGAGGCGUCAUGAGGGAGCCACAUUCGAUGAUUGUACUAAGGUUUGUACUGCGUCUGGAAUUAACUGUCUACCAAGCAAGCUCAUUCAAUAUCCUGCCCCACUAUACAAGAGUUUUAAUACUAGGGAGGAGGGGCAGCUAGGAUUAUCUGACAGUCCUAUUAUUCCCUUUUCUCCCGAACAAGGCAGGGAAGAGCUGCGCUGCCGAUGGGAGCACACGACCAUGUUCAAAAGACUGGAGAGGGAGCGCGCAGCAUUUAUACGUGAGCAUCUCGACGGCAUCGUAUUAGUCCUUCCCCAGGAGUAUGCAGACUGCGACGAUUCUGACUUCCUCUCCGCUGCGCAUCCCCCCUCGACACACGAACAGCCGCAGAAUGAAGCAGGGCAAGAAAACCCCGCCACCGCUACUUCCUGCUCCAGUCAUGGCGGACGCAGCUCCAGCUGCAGCAAGAACAGCAGGGCCAGCCACCUGCUUUCUAGGUUUCCGCCUGCUCUGCUUCGUUACAAGGCGGGAGAGCCAGAGGGGAUCAAAUGGCUCGUCGCCAUCGAAGGCGCCCCAGAGACAGUGUAUAGCAAGCAGCCAUUUCUCCUCAGUUUCAAAUUUCUGCCGAAAUAUCCCAUUGAAUCGCCGGAGUUGGUGUUUGUACUGCCGUAUGUACCCCUCCAUCCUCACGUCUACAGCAAUGGACACAUCUGCCUUUCCAUUCUAUACGAUCAGUGGUCGCCCGCCUUGGGCGUUAAGGCGUGCUGCUUCUCGGUUCUCUCAAUGCUCAGCAGCAACAGAGAGAGGAGGCCUCCCCCAGACGAUCAGCAGUACUGCGAAUCAAGAGGACGUAAAGGCCCCAAAGGAGUCAAAUGGUAUUUCCAUGAUGAUACAGUCUAG